AUGAGGUGCAACACUACGAGGAUAUGGGUGAUUCUACUCAUCUCAUUACAGUAUUCUGCGGCUGUAAAGCUCGAAAUUCCACAUAGGCGUCGGGAUCUUACGACUACAACAAUUACUGAUAUAACGACACAUCACUGGACAUAUACACAGUCUUGUGGGUCUACUGUCACAGCAGGAGGAGGGAGCAACGGGGGAGGAGGAACUAAUAGUGGAGGUAGCAGUGAGGCGAGCAGUAAUGGUGGCGGUAGCACGAAUGGAAGUAAUGGGAGUGGUACUGGAACCGGUGGUACCGGUACCGGUUCUAUGAAUCCGACUGGGGGUGGUAGUGGAGGAAGUACCGGUACUGGGUCGAAUCCCACUGCAACCGGAUCUGGAGGAACAACAGGAACGGGGAUUAGUCCGCCAACCACGAUCACAUCUUCCCCAAGCACGACUACAGCAGCAACGGAACGCUUCCGUCUUGUCGUCACUGUAGAGGAUGGCUCACUAUCAUAUGUAGCUGUUAACUCUGCAAACUAUGCUGUCGUUACGGACACCCCGCCACCCUAUUAUUACAAAUUCGAUGAGUCUGGGGCCGUUAGGCAGUUAUCUUCCGACCCAAAGAUCUUAUACGGUGUCAUAACGUCUACCAGGAAGAGAGGUCUUUGGAAACGCCAAUCAAGUGUCGGAUACAUUGGAGGGGCCUCUACGGUCCCUGCUGGCGCGGUUGGGAAUUUUACUAUCAACCUUCUAGAUGACAACGGUGAUUACUUCGAAAUCGGAAUGGAAGUUUCAGGUGUCUUGGUCGACUUCGCGACAAACUGCACGUUAAGGAAUGGUGAACCAGUAGAAGCGUUGGCCAUAGUACUGGGGCUUAUGCCCUCAGAUCUGAACUGCAUUCGCUUGCGCCUCGGUGGCUUCAGACCGAACGUCAACCCAUCGACGGUAGGGUCUAGCGGAGGCACCGGGACUGGAACCGGUACUAGAACCGGUACAGGUACAGAUACGGGCACAAGAACAGAGACAGGAACAGGAACGAUAACAGGCACGGGCACGGGCACGGGCACAGGAGGCACCAAUACAGGAACUUCAGCGACGACAUGCAAAACCCCUAUACCAGGAAACAUUGGUCUCGAAUGCCGUGGGAGUAGCAGUAGUACGGGCCAUGCCGCUAACGGGCGAGAGUUCUUACUUUGCCAAGGUGAAGCUCGACUCUCCAGCUCUACUAUACGCGCCAUAAACAUUCCAUACCCGAUUUGUGUAUAUUUGUGCGGUAAUGAGCUCCAGUGCGAAGGGUUUAUCUACGACACAUCACAGAACAAAUGUUUCUUACUGUCGUCGGUAUCCGGAAAUGCAGUCCUCAGCCUCAGCUACUUCAUGGGGAUAGUAAAAUGUAACGAUCUAACGCCAACGACGACAUCUGCAGACUCGAGCUCGAGUAGUGAUGGUGGCGGCUCUAGUGCAAGCGAGUCCGAGAGCAGUAGCGAAAGCCCAAGCCAGAGCGACAGUAGCAGCGCCUCACCUUCUGCUACACCGGUUCCCAAAUGUUACAACUUUAUAGAAGACAAUAAUGACUGGUCAUGCAGUCAAGGACCCACCGCGGCGAUUUCAAGCACAGUCAUAGCAACGAGUUCGGCAACUGUUGCAUACGCUGCGGCAUUAUGCUACAAUACCGCUGGCGCCUCGCUACCUACGUCUCAAGCCGUCACCGAUUGCCUCAAUGAUUGCAUCGGCCUAGGCGCGGAUAAAUGCAAGAUGUUUAAGGUGAACAAGGCCGGCGAGUGUGACAAGUUGGAUACAGUCAACAAUUUGUAUUGGGAUGAACCACAAAAAGACGUCGACAAUCUGGUGGGAGCAAUGGUUUGCGACGACUCUGGCAGUCCGAAUGUCUGCUGGAAACCGGUCACGGCCACCAGUACAUAUACCUGCCCGAACAAUUACGCUAUGCAAAUACGCACCGGCGAAGGCACUCAGGUGAUUGAAGUAUGCUUACCUCCGGCAUACGACGCCAGUACUAACGCCAAUACGGUCACUACAUGCGCUCGUCAGUGCUUCAAUGAUAUCAAUUGUAUCGGGUUUUCUAGCAACCCGGAUGAAAAUAAGCCUUGCGUUGUGUAUGUGCUGGAUGAAGAGAUUGACGAAGCAUUGUCUGCUAUAAAAACUGGGGCUGGCAAUCUUCCUAACUAUGUCAUAGCGUAUGUGAGGUGUAAGGACCGGGAGAGCUUGGCUGAUUGCAAUAACCUUGGAAAUUACGCUUGGGAACGAUGCGAAACCUUCGCCUCGAUUGUGUUCGAGGAAUUGGAUGAUGGUCGCACCGUUAGAAUGUGCAAAUAUCAAAGUAGGGGGAUGGCAACGAUCUAUUCCACGAUCACGGCCUCUACCGCCACAAUUUGUGCGGAAUACUGCAGCCUGUUGGAGAAUUGUGACGUCUUCAACUGGAAUAAGGCUACCCUUUCUUGUAAUGUUGGGACCGGAUUGAAUGCCGCCACGACUGCCCAGGUGGAUAUGAAUCUUGUGUCUGGAUGGAUGUUGUGCACGGGCCGAACCGAGCAUGCUUGCGUUAACGCUAAUGCUAUGGCAAGUCGGGGAUGCGACACUGGUUCGACAACUGGUUUCGGAUAUGCACAGGAUAAUAGAUCGUUCAGGGUCUGUACGAAAUCCCAAUACACAGGAAGUACUCUUAUCUCGCAGACGAACUUACUCAAAAGCGUUACGCAAUGUGCGUAUUACUGUACGGUACAAGGCAGUGGGUGCACCUACUUCACUUGGGACUCGUCUGCAGGCAUUUGUUACAUUUAUUCCAAUUUUGGAACACAGAAUACAAAUGCUCCUGCGGGUACGAUGAUCGGGUGGACCUUAUGCGACGACAAUAAACCCGGGGUUUGCGAUUCGGGGUAUGAAGCAAAUCGGCUAGCUACAAGACUUUGCCCGGAUAAUACAGAAGUAUUGAUGCAGACUCGUGGGACCGGAUCUUUUGGUUACUAUCGAGUAUGCAGAGACUCAGUAUUAACGGGUGUGUUAGUCCCAGGUGCUCUAGACACGACAGUCACCCUCUUCAGGUCAUGCGAAGAAUUUUGUGAAAACACUCCACAGUGUUUGUUCUGGGAUAUGACGGUUAAUGAUCCGGAUGAUAUACGCGGUGCUUGCAAAGUCUACAAUCGCCCGGGGAACACAAUAACGCGGGACGCCACCACCCCGGGCCUCUUAAACGUUGGAUUUCCGCUCUGCGUUCCAAUAGAAGGCGACACAAGCUCGAAUCCCAACUGCGCAGAUCCAGCGCCCUAUUCAUCACUCCGCUGUUUUGGCUCUUACGGUGAUAUGGUUGUGCUGCUGAUUAAUACUGCCCCCAAUGGUCAGAUUUAUCGAGAGUGCUAUAAUCAAGGAAAUACGAUGGCCGCGGGUGGGAACCCAUUUAAUCCGAUCAGGUCCCUGACGGCUAUAUCGGACUCGUAUCAAUGUCUUAUAAAAUGCGGGGUCGUGUCUGGUUGUGAAUCUUAUAUAUGGAGAGAGGAUCUGACCUGUGUGAUGUACGGUUCAAAUUCGAUGGGGACGCCUUUUACUGACUUGGGGGUUACUCAAGGAUGGCCAAUAUGCGACACUUUGAUUAACCCGCUCGUGUGCUCGAAUCUUCGAGCAGGUAAUGUUAACUUCGAAUGUGGAGCGGGUCAAUACUUCGAAGACUUGGGCCUCUUGAGCGGAGAGAGUUACAGGGUAUGCGGCCCAGGCUCCGGUGUCGUAAAUCUUGCCCUUAACAGAAUCAAUACAAUCGUCGUUGUAGCGGAUUCUGCAUAUGAGGCGAUUGAUAUCUGUGCCUCAUACUGCAAUCUUUCUCGAGUCUCGAGUAACAUUGCCCUUGUUUGCUCCUUCUGGACGCUGGAUUCCACGUCGACCUGCGCGAUAUACAAUAAAUUUACCGGCAACCAAUGGACGGACGCAACAGGCGAGUAUAGCGGAUAUCCGGUUUGUGACACGGGUUCCUUAAUGGAAUGCCCAUACCCUAAAAUCGCGACCAACAUUGGGCAAACUUGUAAAUUCGGAUCAAACGAGGCCCAAAUCGAUAAUGGGAAAAGAUCUGGGAUGCAAUGUGGGGGACAGGGACAUAAUAAGGUCUACGGAGAAACUUUUAUGGGUGAUCAGCUUCUGGUCGACUGCAGGAACUCUUGUCUGGAUGAUCCCCUUUGUAGUGGAUAUUUGUGGCGUGCGGGCGGCGAUAUCGGAACUCAAGAGGAGUGUUACCAAGUUGCGAUAUUUUCGGGGGGUAAUCCAAAUGCCUUCCUUUCGAGUUCGUGGACUGUGGGGUAUAUUAUGUGUAAUGAUCAGGCAUCGGCGUAG